AUGUCCUGGUUCUAUAACUUUGAACACGAUUUCGACGAUUUAUUCCAUAGACCAAGAAGAUACACCAACAAGAUUCCACCAAAUUAUAAUCCACGUAAAAUUACAGGUGCUGGAUAUAAUAGAUCUCGUGGAGGUACAUCUCAUGAUCAACAACAAGUUUCUCGCUAUGAACCAUCAAGAGGUUUAUUAAGAACUAGUGAUGAUUUUUUUGAUGAUUUCUGGAAAAAUUUCAGUUCUGGAAAAUAUUUUGUUGGAUUUGAUGAUAAUUUGAAAACUGAAGAAAAACCAGAUAAAUAUUUGGUUGCUUAUGCUGAUGAUGAUUUAAAAGCUGAAGAUGUUAGUAUUGAUUUCAACAAACAAGAUAAUGAAUUGAUUAUUUCAAUAUCACAAGAAGAUGAUGAUGAAGAAGGUGGUCAUUCUGCAAGAAGUUAUUAUAGUACUGUUAAAUUUGAGCAACCAAUUGAUGCAAAUGAAAUUCAAGCUGAUAUUUCAUCAAAAGGUAUUGAUUUGGUCUUACCAAAAGAACAUCCAGAUGAUGAACAUAUUGUUCAUAUUCCAGUUGGAAAAGGUAAGAGAAGUUCCAAGUAG